GUUUGACCGCGCAGACGCUCAAGGCUGAAUCGAUAUCGACCGGAAGAUCAUCGGGGGAUAGGAUGGAUAAUAUAUUCAAGAGUAAAUAGCCAAAUUCAUCUUGAAUUCUUUAUGGCAUUGUUGAAGAAACUGUUUGUAACUAACAGGACUGGAAACGAAGGCAAACUGGCACUCAUAGUAGCCUUGGCUUUGAUUUGUGUACCCACUGCGUUGGCUACUGUUUCAGAUCAGUUUCGAUUUUACAAGACAAAUGCGAAUGGUGCACGGAAGAAAGUUUUAUUUGGAAAGAGCUUGGUGAUCAACUGCACUACAAAUGAUCCUACUGCUUACACUAAUUUGUAUUUUAAAUCACUCUCUGAGGACCAUUUUCAAAUUUUUAAGUAUGAUAAAGUUGAUAGAGUGAAAGAUGUCUUCAUAAUAAAAGAUUUUAGUUUUAGGACCUCAGGAUGGUACUUAUGUAAUUCUACGAACAGAAACCAAGAAACAAUCACUUGGCAAGAUCCAAGUACAUACGUUGGACCAGCUGAACCACAUAUUCCUAAAGCUGAAAUUUCCACAAAAAAUAAAACUUUGGACGUGGGAGACAAUUUCAAUUUAUCCUGCACUUCCAAGAAUGUUGAUAAUGUCAAGUGGUUCAAAGUUACAGGUGAAAGCAAUAAUCCAAUUGCAGAGAGCAGAUUAAUAAAAGAUGAGAAAGGAGAAAGUAAAACUGUAACAUUGAUGAUAAUAAAUGCUCAGAUUGUUGAUUCUGGAUCUUAUAUAUGUGAAGCAUCUUAUGAAGACAAAAUUGGCACCAAAGGAGCCCAUAUAGAAGUUCUAGAACCCACACCACCACUGCCAACCAACUACAGUGGCAUAACAAAUGCAGUUGUGGUGAGGUCUCCUUCAAAGAUCAAAAUCUACUGUGAUUAUCAAGGUUAUCCCCUUCCAAAAAUCAAAUGGUAUAAAGGUACUCAAGAAAUUCAAGGCUGUAUUAAGUCCACUUAUCACAAGCGGUCAUAUCAACGCUGCAAAAACUCAAGGAUUAUUUUGGAGUAUAGAAAAGAAAGUAAACAUGGCAUACUAAGAGGAAGUUUGACCAUAUUGAAGACUAAAUAUAGUGAUCAUGGUAACUAUGUUUGUCAAGCAUCAAAUAAGAAAGGAAAUAACAGUAUAGCCAUACCAGUAAAUGUUGAAACACGUGCAAGAUUACUGGUUGAUCCAAAAAAUCAAAAUAUCAUAACAGAUCUGGGAAAAUCUAUAAACAUCACUUGUAAAGCCACAGGGCGUCCACAACCAAUUGUUUUCUUGUCUAAAACAAAUAGUCUUAAAGCACUGAAAUAUGGCAAGGGGACAGUUACCCUGUCAAUACAAGCAGUCACAAGGAAAGACAUGGGAAAUUAUUCUUGUAAUGCAACAAAUUUCUACUCUGAUUUAAAAUUUUUCGCUCUUAGUGAAUUGAAGUCCACCAAUCCUCAACCACCUGAAGCAAGAGAUGUCAGAUUGAAAUCACAGAAUUUAAUCAUUAUUGUAGUUUGCGUUGUUGUAAUACUUUUUAUUUUUGUCGCCAUUUCUAUAUUUUUUUACCGUCGGCAGAAAAUGCUAUCAAAUAAGUACAGUUUAGGACCAGAAAUUGCAGACUACCAAAUUGAUCCAGAUCGAAGUUUAUUGGAGCAGUGUAGAAACUUGCCAUAUGACAUUGACUGGGAGUUUCCAGAAGAAAGACUUGUCCUCGGCGAAAUACUCGGUUCAGGGGCUUUUGGACUAGUUCUUCAAGCCGAGGCCAUUGGUAUACAAGCAUUGCGUCCGCGAGAUAAAAGUGCGGAGGCUAUUCAACUUCGAGCGAAUUUACGACAAAAGUCGAAAUUGAUAAAGAAAAAAAUAAAGAAAGGACGCUCUGAUAGCAUUACAUCUGCCAAGCAAACUGUGGCAGUUAAAACACUGAAAGAGGGUGCCACUAAAGCUGACUACACAGAUUUGGCAUCGGAACUAAAAAUUCUUAUUCACGUUGGUGAGCAUAAAAACAUUGUCAAUAUUCUUGGAGCGUGCACUCGAGGAAGACGACUAAUGGUGAUAAUAGAGUUUGCUCCGCAUGGAAACCUUUUAGCAUUUUUAAGAGAAAGGAGAGAUAUUUAUGAACCAAAUUGGGCUAAAGCGUCUCAUAAUCCAGGACAGGAGUUAACACUUGUUGACUUAAUAGUGAUGGCUCAUUCAAUUUCUCAAGGGAUGGAGUUUCUUUUUUCAAGAAAGUGUGUUCAUCGUGAUCUUGCAGCUCGCAACAUUCUCGUUGGUCAAGAUUACGUCAUCAAAAUUUCCGAUUUUGGUCUUGCUCGUGAUAUUUAUCAAGAAGACCUUUAUGUUAAGACCAGCAGAGGACUUCUGCCUAUUAAAUGGAUGGCACUGGAGUCUUUGUUUGAUCGUAUUUACACGCACAUGAGCGAUGUAUGGUCCUUUGGAAUUGUACUAUGGGAGAUUUUUACCCUUGGAGGCACGCCAUAUCCCACAGUCCCUAUCGAGCAGCUUAUGGAUUUCCUUACUCAAGGACAAAGAAUGAUGCAGCCAAACCACUGCCCCACUGAUUUGUACGAUCUCAUGAGACAAUGCUGGGAGUAUUCACCAGAAGACAGACCAACAUUUGUAGAAAUUUCGUACAGGCUUGAACAGAUAUUUAAAGAUAAUGUUUCAGAGGAUACUUUGGGUUACCUCCUUUUAAACGGCAAAGAUGCAGCUGAAAGCAUUAAUUGCUGCUCAGAACUGCCUUUGUCAGAUGAAUCAAAUAUGGAGGCGAAAGGAGAAACACCUGGUGAUGGAUCAAAGAGUAAACCCAACUCACCAGCCUCAUCAAAUCAAUCACCUCCAUCAUCCAUAACUAAUAAUAAUGAAUACAUCAGUGGAACGUUAAAAAGGGAAAAACAUGUCGAACACAAGCCACUUUUAAACCACGAAUCAACUGUAUAGAAUUAUUAUAUGGGUAAUAUUUGAAAAUCUGAUCUUAUACAACUGGAUGAGUUUAUCAAUGCCGCUCAAAAAUGGAAUACCACGUGACUAGCUUUGCCGUCUAUAGAAAAAGAAAAGUCCGGAAAAUAUUGAACGACAAGUUCAGAUUACACCGAGUUUGUCUCAGCGUUCAAAACACCGUUUGUCGUUUGUUGGUGUUUCGGGACUUAGAGGAGGUUAUUCAUUUGGAUAUUACACGACCUUUUGUUCGUCGCGCAGCAAAUUGGGGUACCUACAUGGAUGUUGCAACCGUUCACGCGCCCAUGUUUUUAAAGAGUAUUGGGCUGUGGAAGGGUAGCGCAGCAUCAUAAAUCCAGCAUUAUAAAAGUGGAUCGUUAAUGCAUUUAUGAUCUGGCACAUGUUGGAUAAACAAGUUUGGUUCUUCGCCCGUUGUAUGUUGAAUCUGUUGGCGCCAGACCGUUAGAACAUUGGUAGGUCUGCGAAAUGACAGCUCACGCACAUCUUUUGUCGGCGGUUGGCACUUGUUGGAACGUCGCGCAUCGACUUUGUGCUAAAUUGCCUUCGAUUGAGCCGGCCUCUGUCAAGACACAGACUCCUAUAUGAAUUUGUUAGGAUCACUUGACGCAGAUUUUUAUAUCUAUUUGGACGUGACUGAAACUACUCGCACCAUCCUACUUGAAUUCAAAAAGAAAGACAGACAUUUCAUGUUCUUUACAUGAAACAGGGUGCCCAAUGCAUGACUUAGGUAGUAGAUAACAAAACAAGUGAUAGAUGGCCCCAUCUUGGGGCAGCCUGUUUGCUAUAAGUGGUCCAGUCUGUAAGUUUAACUUCGUGAUAAUAAGGAAUUGGUCAGGCUAGCAGGGACUAUUUGUAUGCAUGCUAUUGACAUAUCGAGUGCAAACAUUACAUUUAUUAAACACAUUAAUAGUCAUUUUUUUUUUAAAGUGACAUGCGUACUAUGUUCAUACAUUUUUAAAACAUUAAGCUAACUACUGCAAAUUGGCUCCUGCGGAGUAUGAUUAUCAUUUAAAAAUAUUUGAAAUGAGAAAAACUUUUUUUUAUUUUUGUUUUUUUUGUUUUUUUGUUUUUACUUCUUAUAUGGACUGUGAGUUGUUAGUCCGUCGUACUCGUACUCGAUAAAGCUCUCGCGGUGUAAUUGAGAGUUAAUAUAAUUUCCAUACUAAUCUAUAUGGUAGUCAUUGUGUUUUUACUGAUGGUAUUCCAUGUAUCUUAGUUAUGCAUGUGGCAAUUUUGAAAUAUUGAUGGUUUUAUUACUUGUAAUAAAAUGAUUAUAGCAUUUUUA